AUCGAUGCGCUGAUCUGCAUCGACGACUUAUCAGACCGGUAAUCUUUAAUUUGACAAGUUUCGACCCCUUCACAGGACAAGUCGACAUCUUCUGAGGGGAUUGCAAUCCAGUCACAAGUCAUGACUUCCAAAAAACCCAUUCCGUCGCGCGAGCCAAGCGGCCGUGAUCGUCGACCUUCUCGCGUACUCGGCACAAGCUACCGUUCUCAAACAGCCGUGGAACGCUAUCAAGCCAGCGUUGCAGAAGAAUCUAUCGCACGCGACCUCGACGAUGACCAAGCUGUAGACCAGGUUCUCGACACAUCGGCCCCAGCCCACGAUCAGCUGCCAACAACACAACACUCCAUGACGAGCAGCUAUCGUCGGCCUUCAUAUUAUGCCAGCGGCCCUCGCCCGAUAUUUGGAAUUCAGCCUGCGGAAGCUGGACUUCCUGCCGAGCAGGACUGGGAAACGGCGAUCGGCGAGGAGAGAAGCUUGUUGCGCGAUAACAAAAUCCUUCCGCCGAAGCAUCCCCGCAAGCAGGGCAGCGUGCGAAGCUUGAGGAGCGUGCACGGUAGCUCCGGGGGAGUGUUGAGGAAAGUUUUGGAGACAGUGGGAUUUGCGACAGAGACCAAGCGAUCGGCGUUUCACGGUAGCAAUGCUGUUCCCGCAGACUCUGAAGAAGAUGCAAACAAUGGACCAGCUUUAGAAGAAGUCGAGUCAAUCCACGAAGACGCGGAGAAUGAAGUCCCUGACGAGACGACCGCUCUUCUCGGCCGCGAUCCUUCGGCGCCGUACGGUGGCGAGGGUUCGCCUGAAAAUGUGUCUCGGAAGUGGGAGGAGGCAGUGCUUGCCGGCCAGAUCCAGACGACGUGGCAGCGUGAAACCAAGGUCCUUGCCCGAUACUCCGCUCCGCUGAUGUUGACUUUCAUUCUGCAAAACUCACUGACUCUCACAUCGAUCUUCACUGUCGGCCACAUUGGAAAGGUCGAACUCGGUGCUGUCAGCUUGGGUGGAAUGACUGCGACCAUCACAGGUUAUGCAGUCUACCAAGGUCUCGCGACAUCCCUCGACACACUCUGCGCCCAGGCUUACGGCAGUGGUAAACGAAAGCUCGUCGGUCUCCAACUCCAGCGAAUGGUGUUCUUCCUAUGGGCCAUCACAAUUCCAAUCUCGAUCCUCUGGUUCUUCGCGACACCGAUCCUCGAAAUGAUCGUCCCGGAGCAGGAAAUCGCCGACUACAGCGGUCAAUAUCUACGUAUCCUGAUCAUUGGUGCGCCAGCUUACGCCUGCUUUGAAAGUGGCAAACGUUAUGUCCAAGCCCAAGGUCGUUUCGAAGCGACCCUCUACGUCCUACUCAUCGCCGCUCCUUUCAACGCGUUCCUCCACUGGCUUUUCGUCUGGCGCUUCCAAUGGGGCUUCAUUGGCUGUCCCAUCGCCGUCGUUAUCACAGAAUGCUUCAUGCCCAUCCUGCUGCUCCUUUACGUGCGCUUCAUCGCACCCAACGGAAUGGAAUGCUGGCCAGGCUUCACAAACAAAGCCUUCCGAAAUUGGGGUCCCAUGAUUCGUCUCGCGCUCCCAGGACUCGUCAUGGUCCUCGCAGAAUUCCUCGCCUUCGAAAUCCUCACGCUGGCCUCCGCGCGUAUCUCCGCUACCCAUCUCGCUGCCAAUACCGUCCUCCAGAGCCUGUCCAUCCUGACCUAUCAACUCCCCUUCCCCCUCUCCAUUGCUGCGAGCACCCGCGUGGCCAAUCUAAUCGGCGCAUCUCUCCCCGACGCCGCCAAAAUCACCGCCCAAGUCGCUUUCGUGGGCGGCACGGUGAUUGGUCUUCUUAACAUGAUCGUUCUCUCGUCUCUCCGCUUCCAGAUCCCUUGGCUCUUCACCUCCGAAGAAGACGUCGUGGCCCUCGCCGCCGCCGUCUUGCCCGUGAACGCAGCAUUUCAACUUUUCGAUGCCCUCGCUGCGAUCUGCAAUGGCUGUCUCAGAGGUCUGGGUAAGCAAGAGGUGGGAGGCUACAUCAAUCUUUUCGCAUACUAUGUCAUCGCCCUGCCCGUCUCCUUCGGCCUCGCCUUCGGCCUACACCUGGACCUCGCAGGUCUAUGGACCGGCCCCGUCUUCGGUCUCGCGAUCGUCGCUGUUUUCGAGGGCAUUUUCAUCUAUCGAACAUCCUUCGCUCGAGCGAGCGAGGAGGCUGCUUUGAGAAACUCGGUGGCGUGAAGGAAGAGAGAGAAAUUUUUAUUGUUCAGACAACGCGUGUCCCGGGUUGAGAAUGUUAUAGAUUGAGGUUCUUCGGAAGAUCUUCUCGCGAUUGAGGAUCUUGGGGUUUCGGGGUUUGGCGAGGGCAUGAAUUUGAUUAACUUGAACUUGAUUUACGCGGAUUCACGUUUCAAUGAUGUUUCAUGAAGGUCUGGGACAUGUCCAAAUUUCUUCGCGAUGUCUUUCUUAUUAAAAUUCAGGGUUGAUUUCUGAAAAGGGCCCCAAUGCAUCAUCUUCGAUCUUUCA